AUGUUCGUUAAUAACUAUUGUUUGUCAAUGAAUUGCAUCAUAGCACCUUUAAAUGGAUGUGGAGGAAUAUACUUAGGAAAUCUGGAUGCUGCUAAAGAUUCCUAAUUGCUCACUCAAUAUAACAUUGGAGCAGUCCUAUAAGUACUUGAUUAAUCAGUUCCCGUAAGAGGAGCACAAAAGUUGUGGAUCAUGGCAGAGGAUUCUGAAGAGUUCCCACUCAAUAAAUACUUUGAACAAGCAAUUAAAUUUAUUGAAAAUUAAACCAAAAAAACUAAUGUUCUUGUUCAUUGUUAUGCAGGUAUCUCAAGAUCUGCAGCUAUUUUGGCUGCCUAUCUAAUGUAAAAAUACGAUUGGACCAUAAAUCAAGCUAUAUUACAUUUACAAUCAAAAAGAAGAAUAGUUAAUCCAAAUCCAGGAUUCAUGAUAUAGCUUUAAGACUUUUAAUAGAAAUUACGUAAUAAUAAUCAAGAAUCUACUCUGUCAUUAGCAACCAUUUAACAUGAAUCUCAAAAUGAUUAGUAGAACAAUCAGAAUUGUCAGAGGGAGGUUUCUCCUUUGCACAAAAUUUCAAGAUUGGAUGAAUUUAAUAAUAAAUUAGAUUAAUUUAGAAAUUAAUUGAGAAUCAAGCAUAAAGUGUGUUGA